GGUGCGGAGAGAGAGAGAGUCAGAGAGGGGAUCGGAGAGGGGAUCGAUUCCCAAAUAAACCACCACGCACACGCAGCUUCACUUUGGUUGCUUUGAGGAGGUGAUAAAGUAUCCUCGCAAUUUUUUACUGAAAAGAGAUGGACGGUAACGGCGGAGGAAAAGAAAAAUGUGGUCGAUAACGUUUUAACCCGAGGGUUUUACGACUGGUGGGGACAGGUGAUGUAAAAACACGGUACCAUGUGAAUGGUUGAGGAACAUGAAGGCUGCACACAAACUACUGUUCGUCCUGUGUCCCAUGCUGGUCUUGGGGUUCAUCUACUACUCUUCUGGGAAGCUCCAUUUGCACGUAUGGGGCCAGAAGCCACAUAAGAAUGUGGCGGCCAUUAUAAAAGUCAGUAAGGUCACUAAAAAUACUGUCAAAUCCCCUGUGACCAAAGAGCCGGUGGUGGAGGGUCCUGUCUCCGUGGGACGAAUAGUAGGCUCAGUGGUUGAUAAGCAAGGAUUCUUGCUGAAUCUGGAAACAAAGCUGCCUCCGGAGUUGGUGUACAAGUAUGGAAACCUUAGUGAAGGAUCCUGCAGACCUGGUUAUGCAGCUGCCAAAAUGACUGCUAUCUAUCCAAAGUUUAGUAAGCCAGCUUCCAUGUUUCUGGACCGAAACUUUAAGCGGCUUGCAAAAGUUACCAACUAUUUACCUCCAUUUGGAUUUAAAACACAAGAAAGAAUCAUAGAUGUUAUAUUAUCUGCCACAAAGAAUUAUGGACUGGGUCCAGAUUUGGAUAGUUUGAGUUGUAAAAGAUGUGUAAUAGUAGGUAAUGGCGGUAUCCUUAGCAACAAGUCUUUAGGAUCCCGCAUCGAUGAAUAUGAUGUUGUAGUAAGGCUCAACGAGGCCCCAGUGAAUGGUUACACCAGGGAUGUAGGUACUAAGACCACCAUGAGGAUAACCUAUCCCGAGGGGGCCAUCCAGAAGCCUGAACGCUAUGAAAAAGAUUCCCUCUUUGUCUUUUCUGCUUUCAAACCUCUCGACUUUAAAUGGUUGAGACAGAUGGUCUUCAGAGAGAAACUGCAAGGAACAGAGGGCUUCUGGAAGUCUGUAGCGCACUAUGUGCCCCGGGAACCCUCUGAGAUACGAAUCCUCAACCCCUACUUCAUACAAGAGGCUGCCUUCCAGUUUAUUGGCCUUCCACAGAACAAUGGCCUCAUGGGUAAAGGGAACAUUCCAACGUUGGGCACCGUUGCCAUAACGAUGGCCCUUCAUAACUGCGAUGAAGUCGCUGUUGCUGGAUUUGGCUAUGACAUGAACACCCCUCAUGCACCCCUGCACUACUACGAAACAGUUAAAAUGUCUGCCAUAAAAGAGUCAUGGACUCACAACAUCUCAAAGGAAAAGGAGUUUCUCCGCAAGUUGGUGAAGGCCAACAUCAUCACAGACUUAACCAAUGGGAUUUGAACCUCCCAAGGUGGGUGCCUUUCUUGGAGGACUUGAAAACGCAGGAUCCUGGGAAACUCUGGACCAGACAACACUGAAGAGCAUGAUUUCAGAGGUGGGAGCGAUGGCUCACUUAAGAUGCACAUGUGCCUUCUUACCGACAGGCUUCCUCUGAGCGGGACAUUGAAGGGUUCUUGAAUGUCUCCGGGGACAAUCCUUGUUGGAAACUAUCAGAGACUUUGAGGGGACCGACACAAUGCGCUUGAGGAAUGAGUCGCAACAUUAACUGAUUGUGCCAAAUGUACCUCUAUUGGAGGAGAUGCCUCUCCUCUCCUGCCUGAAUGUAUUAACGGUGUAAAUAUCAAAGAUUUUUACAGUGCAUUUUAAUGCUAAGGCCCCUGCCUUCACACGUGAUUCUCCGUCCAGGGCACUCAGUGCGUAUCCUGCCCCAGUGUGUGGAAGGGCAGACGCAGGUCUUUGAUUCAACCCUUCUUCUGAGCACAGGAGGCUCUUUAUCUCCUGAAUGUGAGCUUAUGUUACAGCUUCUUUUGUUGAGGAAAGGAGCUCAAUCUCUAAGUUAUUUAUUUUGGUGAACAGAUGAAGGCCUUUUGUUUUGUUUUGUUUUUUUUUGUAUUUAAAAUACCACAUGUCCAAAAUGACUUGUGUUAUAAAUACUCACUACAGUUUACUUGAAGUGGGAGACUGAGUACCUAUUAGGGAUGCACAGAUAGCAUUUUUUUUUUCCCCAAUUUAAUACCUUAAUACCUGAAUUGUGCGUAUCGGCCAGUACUUCACAAACUUUCUAAUGGGCCGUUCACAUGUCGCAUCUAAAAACGUGUGGAAAACGCCGGCCGUGCCACUUUCUCAUCUUUUCAAAGUACAGCUAUGUACUUUGUACAGCUAUGAGCAACUGUUCGUCCAUCUCGGCUGAGCUUUCGAUGUUGUUACUGAAAGGCCGAAGCUGAUUGGUUGGACAUGUCACAUGACCUUGCGGCAUUCUGAAAAGAAUAUUUAUGAAUAUAUUUCAUCUCGCCGCGCCUGGAAAAAACGCUUCUAUUAUGAGCGCGCUUGCCGCGCAUCUACAUUUGUGAAAUAACGAACUUGAGCGUGCAAAAGACGCAACAUGUGAACGGCCCCUAAAAACACACAACUUCAUUAUAAAUAAAUAGAAAACAGAAAAACUUACACACAUUCUAUGCUACUGUUCAAAAGUUUGGGGUCAGUAAAAAAAAAAAAAAAUUCAACAAGGCUGCAUGAAAUUGAUCAAAGACUUUUACAUUGUUAAUUCAUUUUAAAUACAUGCUGUUUCUUUUAAAUAAUAUUUCACAAUAUUAGUGUUUUUACUGUAUUUUUGAUCAAAUCAAUGCAGUCUUGGUGAGCAUAAGAUACUUCUUUCCAAACCACAAAAUUUUACCGACCCGAGAAAUGUUCUAAUCUAACAAACACCAAGUAGCAAGAACCACAACAUUCAGAAACUUCAGUAAAGUACAGUCCUUUUAAACAAAAACAAAGACCUUUAUAUACAGAUUAAUGGAUAAUGACAUCUGACUCUUUUCAUGAACUUAAAUUUAACGACUUAAAUAUCUGUUUGUUACAUAAAGAUAUAGAAUGGCUUUAAAGGACUUACGAUACAGUAUAUUGCAGUAAAACUUAUGUUAAGUAGUUUUUGUCCUAACAGUAACAUCCCUGGCAAGCGCACAGUGUCUGAUUUAGAUCGAUAUCUGAUCUGACAAAAAAUGUCUGUAUCUUUGCAGAUACAAUCCAGAUCGGUGCAUCUCAAAAUCACUUGACAUUAUGGUACACUGCCAUCCUGAAUUCUGCCGCUUUCAAAAGGCAGCGGUUUCAGACCAAUACACUAAGAAGAAUCAUUUUUAACUUGGUUUUUUACUUUUUUUCUUUUUUUUUUUUUUUUGUUAUACAUUUGAAGAUUAGCAAUGUCACUUACAUUUACAAAAGAGAUCGAUUUUGUUUGUACUUUUUUGGUGGUACGGACCAUUUUAAGGAGUACUUGUUCCAGCGUUUUAUAGUUUUUGAGCUGUGAGCUUUCAGAGCAACUUAGGCAGAGUACUGGAAACAUACCAUUGCACUAGCUAUCAGAGUUCAUCAUGUUACAUUACAUUAUGUUCACUACACCUGGUACUCAUCAAGAUCCCACAACAGGAAGGAGUCAUCAUGGCAUCAUCCUGACUGUCUGAAACAAUUGAAAGGGUUCUUUGCCGUCGUAGAAUGGUGUAUUUAUACUGUGCAGUAUGCCACCAAUCAGCAUUAUAAUGAUGAUCAUUUGGAGUUAGAAGGAAAUACAAAAGUAUUAUUGUUUCUUAUAUAUAUAUAUAUAUAUAUAUAUAUAUAUAGAUAAUAAAAUAUUAUUAUAUAAAUAUACCUUCAAGUUGUAAUAAAAUUAAUGUGUUGGGCAGUUUUGGCCCUUAAUUGA